CCCCGCUUCGUAGCUCCCCUUGGAAAUCGAAGAAGUCAAUAAUUUAUUUACCCAGAAAAAAAUGCCAAUUGAUUAUCAAUCGAGCACUCGAAUGAGCUGAUAUCGUUGGAAUAAUCUUAUUUACGAGAUAAAAUUACAAUUAUCGAUGAUUAAAUGAGUUCAAGUAGAAUAUAAAGAAUUUCUGCCUCCUCGUGGCUGAAAAUUGGUUGCCAUAAACACACUGCGCGUCCGGCCGUCGGACUGACUGCACUGGCUUCAUUUAUUUGUACAUAUAGUUUGUAAUUGUAAAGUUGUCUACUGGAUAGUAUAAAGUGAAUAAAUAUCGACAAAAGAAUGCUCUAUUUGGAAGAUUAUGUUGAAAUGAUCGAGCAUCUCCCUCAGGAGCUCAGGGAUCGAUUUACAGAAAUGAGGGAAAUGGAUUUAGGUGUACAGAAUUCAAUGGACAGUUUAGAAAAAAAAGUGAAGACAUUUUUUUCAAACGCCAAGAAGAUGAAGCCCCUCGACAAAGAAGCAGAAUACGAGAACAUUCGUAAGGAGUACUACAAAACCCUGGAGGACGCCGACGAGAAGGUCCACCUCGCCAAUCAAAUGUAUGAUCUAGUCGACAGAUAUCUCCGACGCCUCGACCAAGAACUCCACAAAUUCAAGAUGGAACUGGAAGCUGACAAUAAAGGUAUAACUGAAGUGCUGGAGAAGCGUUCACUGGAGUUGGAUCAGCCUCCCACGAACAGUAGUCAAAAAGAGAAUCGUUACAGUUUUACAUCGAGUAGAUCUCGAGACCAUCACAGCCAUUCUCGUUCAGAAAAACGGCGAGAUUCCAAUGCUUCCUCAGCUUCAGUGGAGAAACGCCUGGCAGUGGAGAAAGUGCCAACAAAUCUCCCUGAGUCUCGGCCAGCAUCAGCCAACUCAGGGCCUCUGAUUUCCAACAACUCUACAAGUUUACCAGCAACACCAACAGCCAUUGGUAACUCUGUUGGCCCUGUUAGCUACAAUCUUGGUCACAUUGGUGCUGGUGGUAAUGCAAUAGCAGCUGCUGCAUCCCAAGCAAUAGCUGCGACACAACAAAUGCAACAGGGUCGUCGUACUGCCAGUCUGAAGGCCAGUUACGAGGCAAUUAACACUGGUGGUGGUGUUCAUGCCACUGAAUUCAGUCGGGAAUUGGCUGGUGCUGCCCAAACAGCCAUUGCAGCCAUUCACGAAUCAACGAAAAAACACAAAAAAAAAGUUACAACUGCUGUACCAAGCUCGAGUGUCGUAACUCCUGCGGUCCAACCGCCGGUAUCACCACCGGUUACUGCAACCACAACCGCUGUUACUGAUCCUGAUAAUCCGGACUGGACAUAUGAUCCUAAUGAGCCACGUUACUGUGUUUGUAAUCAGGUGUCUUACGGAGACAUGGUUGCCUGUGAUAAUUCCGAUUGCCCCUUCGAGUGGUUCCAUUACCCGUGUGUGGGUAUCGCAGCCCCACCAAAAGGCAAAUGGUACUGUCCUCAGUGCACGUCUUCCAUGAAAAGACGAGGUGGACGGAAAAAUUGAUCGCUAACACUCAUUGUUCACUGUCUUUCUCAUUAUUUCAACCAUUUUUGACUGAGUUGUUAUGUGUAAAUAUACAGGAAAAUUAUGGAAUA